CAACGCCUACUGGGUUCCUUCGAACCGAGGAUUCAUGGGUUCCACACCUGGGUUCCACGCCUGGGUUCCUUGGAACCCAGGGCUUGGCUCUUGAUGGAACCCAGGGCCUGGGUCUUGAUGGAACCCAGGCUCUGGGUUCGAUCCUGGGUUUCUCGAACGAACCCAGGCGUCCUGGGUUCGUUCGAAACCCAGGCAGCCUGGGUUCGAUCGAACCCAGGACGCCUGGGAAACCCAGGCUCUGGGUUUCUCGAACGAACCCAGGCGGUUUCCCAGGCGUCCUGGGUUUCCCAGGCUCCCAGGCGUCCUGGGUUUCCCAGGCUCUGGGUUCGUUCGAAACCCAGGCAGCCUGGGUUCGUUUGAAAAAAAUUCUCUUUUUUUUUUUUCUGUGGAUUUGGUUGGUUGAUGAUGAUGAAGAAGGCAAGGGAAGAUGAGGAACUCGGAACUGGGAAAAAUAAAAAAAUUCUUUUUUU